GAGUUCUUCUUCCUCUGUGGUUCUUUCCCAAUGGCUCUCCUCUCUUUCCCUUAUUUUCCUUCUCAUUUUCCGUCACUUUCCUUCUCGCCAAACACUCGGCGCUGCUCUCCUUCCUUCAAAAUGAGUGCGCAGCAAACUGCUAAUACGGCCAUUGUGUGGUUCAAGCACGACCUCCGAAUCCACGAUCACCCAGCCCUCACCGUUGCUUCUAGCUUCCAAUCACUCCUUCCUCUUUACGUCUUCGAUCGCCGUAUCCUCUCUCGUUUCUCUGAUGAAAUGCUGGAACUGCUCCUGUUCGCGCUGCAAGAUUUGAGGAACUCCUUGAAGGAACGCGGCUCCAAUCUCAUGAUUAGAUUCGGGAACGCAGAGCACGUCAUACAACAGCUUGCAUCUGAGGUGGAACAGGUGAAUGCCAGUUGUGUAUUUGCAGAACAAGAGGUGGAGUAUGAAUUGUACUUGCUUUUGGAUGUUGUGAAGGAGUGUAUGAAAGCUGUCACGGUUCGAGAACGUGCUCCUAGGAUUGAAUUAUGGAACACUCCAUUUUAUGAUGUAAAUGUUCUGCAAAAUCUUCCUGCAUCGUAUGAUGACUUUAAGAAACUUCGACUACCCAUAACUGAACCACUUCAGCUGUCAAAAUUACCUGCUGCAGACAUGGAACUGGACUGGGGUGAGAAUGACUCUAGGCAACUGCAGUCAAAGAAAUCAAAUGAAUCUGUUUUCCUGUCACAAAAAGGUAAUGCUGUAGGAGGUGGAACAAACAAUGUAUUAAAUGCCUUGGCUGCAUAUUUGAGAUAUUUCGAGGGAACAGCUCAUGAUGACUGGCAAGAGAUACAUGAAAAAGUACGUGCUUCUGAAAGUCGGAAUGGAGCAUCAUUUAUUGCACUCGUUGGUCCUGCUCUAUCUCUUGGCAUUAUAUCUAGAAGAAGUGUACACUAUGAAGCUAUCAACUAUGAGAGAGAACGAAAUGCAGGAUUUAUAUCUUCCUUUGGAUAUUCAGCUACCACAAUUGCAGGAGCAGUUGAUGCUGUGUUCUCGAAGGAGUGGUACUGGCUUAUGGCUUUGAGAAAUCAAACAAACAAUGAUGGGAUACACUCAACACGUACGUGGAAAUGGAAUGGUUUUCUUAUUCAGUAUACAGUUGCUGGCAAUGAUGGUCCUUCUGUUGUUCUUGUGCAUGGAUUUGGCGCUUUCUCAGAGCAUUACCGUGACAACAUAAAUGAUUUAGCUGAAGCUGGAAAUCGUGUUUGGGCUAUUACAUUGUUAGGAUUUGGCAAUUCAGAAAAGCCAGAUUUUGUGUAUACUGAACUCUUGUGGGCCGAACUAUUGAGAGAUUUUAUUGUUGAUGUUGUGGGUGAACCUGUCCACCUUGUCGGGAACUCAAUUGGUGGUUAUUUCGUAUCCAUUGUUUCUUGUCUUUGGAGUGUUUUGGUCAAAUCUGUAGUCCUAAUCAACAGUGCUGGCAAUGUCGUCCCUAGUUAUACAUACAUACCUUUACCUGAAGAUAGAAAAACCUCCGGCGCCUCCUGGUUGGGCUCUCGUGUUCUUCUACUAUAUUUGAGGUUACGGAUUCAGGAGUUAGUUAAGAAAUGUUAUCCAACUCGGACAGAAAGAGCAGAUGAUUGGCUCAUAAAUAAAAUGCUAAGAGCAUCUUAUGAUCCUGCUUCUCCUGUGGUCGUGGAAAGCAUCUUCAGUUUUAAUCUUUCCAUACCUCUUAAUUUUCUUAUUGAAGAAUUCAGGGAAAAGGUUCUGAUUAUACAGGGGAUGAAAGAUCCAAUUUCUGACUCCAGUUCCAGGGUGGCUACACUGAAAGAACAUUGCGAUGGACUUGUAAUUAAAGAAUUGGAUGCUGGCCAUUGUCCGCACGAUGAGGUGCCAGAACAAGUGAAUGAUAUCCUUUAUGAGUGGAUACCUAGGAUUGAAAGCCAAAUUUUGACAGGGUCCCCAGCUUAAAGUCUAUUGAUGUAUAUAGCAAAAUGUAAAUGUAUAUAAUCAUUAAUCAUUAUUACUAGAACAUUUUAUAAUUUAAUUUUCUUUCUUACGUAUUCAUAUAAAUUGUUGGAGUUUGAAUUAAAUUGGUCCA